UCCACUCACUUAAAAGGGGGAGUAUCCAUCCACCUAGCUCAAGCCUCGCAGCUUGCACAAACAAGGAAACUAGAGCGAGAAAAGAGAGUGCUCAAGAGGACACACACAACCUAGCUGCUUGGGGAAAGUGAGAGAUCAAUGGAGCUCUUCCCUUCCCAGCCGGAUCUGUCCCUCCAGAUCGGCCUCCCAGCGAGCGCAACACCCCACGGCCACGAUCACCGCCACGCCAUGGGCGGCAGGUUCUUCGGGCCUCCCACUACCAGCGGCCUGAACCCGUCCAUGGCGCCGUCGCUGCAGCUGCCGUUUCCCAUACCGCCUCUGCCGCUGCCGGUGCCCAUGCCGCAACACCACGCCACAGCGCCAGGCCACCCCGGCCUCUACUACCAAAACCCCCACUCCGUCGCCGUCCCCGAUGGUGGCAUGCUGCGGCCCAUACGGGGCGUGCCGCUGUACCCGACGCCGUUCGCGCCCCCGCCUCCGCACGGUGGCGGUGCCUCCGCCGCGCCGUGCUACUGCGACCCGUGCCACGUCGCCGGAGCCUGGCGUCGCGGCGUUGGGGGGUGCGGCGCGCGCCUCGUCGGGUACCCGGCGCCGAAGCGUGCUGCUCGCGCGCCCCGCAUGCGGUGGACGUCAACGCUCCACUCCCGCUUCGUCCACGCCGUCGAGCUCCUCGGCGGCCACGAGAGGGCGACGCCAAAGGCAGUUCUUGAGCUCAUGGAUGUGAAGGAUCUCACCCUAGCUCAUGUGAAGUCUCACUUGCAGAUGUACAGGACGGUGAAGAAUACCGAAAGGCCGGCAGCCUCGUCAGAUCAAGCCGACGGGUUUGAGAACGGGUCGGCAGGCGAGAUCUGCGACGACAACUUGCUCGACCUGCGCGGCGGUGGUAGGCCGGAGACAGCGGCGGCACGACAUGGAAGGUUGGCUGCAAACGACCAUGACGGCAACAUCGGCGUCGGUGCCGCUCACACUGGCGCCCUGUGGAAUAGCUCUUCGAGGGAGGAGGACUGGUCUGGCUUCCCUUGUGACUCAAACAACGAAAGCAUGCAAUCUUUGAAGGAACAUAUGCAGUCCAAGAGUCUAGAGAUACUAUCAGACAUGAACUCCUGCCUGUCGGAGACGACAUCGAGCACUAGCGAGCCAAACCUUGACUUCACCCUAGGGCGGUCGCACCACCGCCGGAGUUGAAGACCGUCGUCUUCCUCAGGAAGAAUCUUCAGGAGCACUUAGUUGAUUAGUUUGCAUGUUAGAUUGUCCCAGUGCCAUUUUUUGCUGUUCAAAGGGUGUGUUGUGGACAGCAUGAAAUCGGUGAUGAACUAAAGCUAGCUAAGGGUACGUAGGUUGAUCUCCAAUGAAAAAAGCAAGUGUUUGUAGUGAAAAUGUGGCUGAUGUUUAGGACAAUCAAAAGGUCUUUUUUCUUUCUUCUUUCUGUAGUGGUAACAAUGAGGUAGCUAGCUAGGGAAGAAGGGAAUUAAAGGGUGUGCAUGCAUGCAUGUUCUUUCA